AUGGGGGCCACGAUGCAGAAGUCCUUGAGGAGGUGUGGCCGCUAUGCAGUGGUAUACACAUUCGGAUUUUUCUCCGGCAGCAUCCUUUGGCAAAGAGCCUGCGAGUCUUCCGCGGUGCCCUCCGCAGGGCUCAUCCCACUUACUGGGACGAGUUCCCCGGACAAGGUCAUCUCCAGAGGAAGUCGGGAUUUUCAGGCGAGAGACACUGCGGUCUUUCAGGCGGGUUCACAAGAGACCACCACUUACGACUCUCGGAGUCCUCACCUCACUGCGGCACAAGCCGAAAGGAACGCCACCCACAUCCAGACGGAAGAAGCCGGAACUGACUUGACGACCGAUCCUUCUGCAAACGGGACUCUUUACGUCGCUUCCGGGGCCGUGGCCAAGAGCCCCUUCCUCGUUCCACAGAAUGAGCCUCCGCGAGAUCAAUAUGCCCCAGUUUUCAUAUCCGAGGAGCUGUUGAAUCGGACCGAUUUUGCCAUCAAGCUGCUAAAGAAAUUCACCGGUGGCUGGACGGUGGAUGAUCCUGCCCAAGCCGUGUUCUAUAUAGUUUGCUGCGGGCCGCUCGAGCGCUUUCUUCAGCUGCCUGCCAGGUCACCCGAGCGGCCAUACUUGUGCUACGACUGCGAUGCCGUGCUUAGACUGGAGAGGUUGUCUAUUACGAAGCCUGAGCAUCCAGAUAUUUCUGGUAUCUGGACCUUGCUAUCUCGACGCGAUUUUAUGUUUUCUUCCACGGAUUUGCGGUAUUGGAACAUCAUGAACGACUCCGCGCUUUUGCUGCCUGGAGUCACCCACGCCCAUCAUAAACCGAAGGUGGAAGAGCUGGAUCAAAGGCGGAUUCAGCCACACGAUCCUCCGAUGAACUUUCUGACCUUCCAGGGGCUUUGGAACUGCGGACAAGGUGGCAGCUCCUUCGUCCGUUUGAACAUGGCCGUCAUGUUGAACAGUACGACGAGGCUGCCCAAGGCCAUGAAGACUGCUUCGGGCGAGCCACUGCCGCUGCCACAAAAGAACUACACGCCCCCAUCGGAUGUGUUUAUCUCCAUUUCCGGCGAGCUGCACAACUUCAAGGUCAGAAGGCACUACUAUGCUCUCUUCGACAGCGCAUACAGCCUUGUGACCAGGUUGCCAAUACUUUGUUUAUUGUUGUCAUUUGUCUUUGUUGAUUUUGCGAACCUGAAGCGGCGCAACUCCCAACCCUUAUACACCCCACGUUGUAAAGCCUAG